AUGCCAAGAAAGUUUUUGGGCAAUAAAAUUGAAAAGAAUGUUGAUGCAGUCAGACCAUCUUCGCUAACAUUAACAGCUGAUGACUUGAAGUAUAUUCCACCGAUACCACAAGAUUUUGAAGAUGAAGAUGAUAAGGUUUUACGUACCAGCAACGGUGGUAACAGGUUGUCUAAAAGAUUUGGGGGUACACUGAAACUGAAGAAACGGUUAGAGUCUGUUCCAGAAUUGUUCUUACAUGAUUUCAAGAAGAGGCCACGCUCCCAACUUGAGGUGAUUAGAGAGAAAAAAUUUACUGACAUGCAAGUUCCCAAGGGACCAGUUUGUCCUCAAAGCACGAUUCUACCAUUACGAGAAAGAAAGAAGGUAAAAUCACUACCAAUUCAAAGAAAAAGUUUACGUAGGCCGACGCUGUCAAAGCCUGCAGUAGUACAAUCUUUAGGGCAUAAGACACAUUCGGAUCAUAUUAUUGAUAAAGUGUUUGUCUCUCGCCCGGCCCCAAUUGUAAUGCCUGUAAAAGCCCUUACUCCUAUUAAUCCGGUCUCCCUAAUGCAAACACAGACACAAGAUUGCUGUAGAAAAAAUAAGUAUGGCAAAAGCGGUAGUGAAAUAUUGUUUGACGAAAUUCUAUCAGCCUAUGAAAACGUUUCUACAAGCGAUUCUACUGCCCUAAAUUCAGAAAUUGACAGAAUUAUCGAUAUAUGCGCUUCAAAACAAAUAGCUAAAAAAAAUGAGGCAUUUCAGGUACCAUAUGUCGUCUGCCCUGACGACACAGAGACUUUGUUUUCGUCAACAACACCAAAGUUGAAACCUGUCAAUUCUAACACAUUAAACGAUGUCAUUUCUAGCCCAGAAUACACCACGUCUGGAUGCAGUACAUACUCUGACCAAUCGAAUUCAGAUGAGGAAUUGUCCGAAGUAGAAAGUAUAGUAUGGAACACGAAUAAGAGGACAAUGAGAUCAUCCAUUGUGUCUGAAAGCACUAGUGAGGAAGGCUAUUGCACUGCUGCGGAGACUUUGCCCUCAACAGUAUCAGUGGAAGAUCUGGAUAUACAUAACAAGCUUCCAAAAGUUGCACAAACAUCAUCGUGCAAUACGCUUUUGAAUAAACUCUCUAUAAGAAAAUUAAAAAAAGUAAUUCUCGAUCCGCCUAAAAUAAUGCAUGUCAUGACUUUUGACGAUGACAGUGAUGAUGGAGAUGACAACGAUGACGAGGAUAGGGCUUUGAAUAUUCUUCAAAAAAAAAUUGACUGCAUUGAAAUAGCAAGUUGCAGCAGUAGCAUUUACAGCGAAUAA